CGCACGUGUGCGCAUAUGUGUGUGUGAUAUGUCAAACGAAUGACAGAUUAUGCAUUGCGCGGACGCAACAUUCUCUCUAUCAUAUAAUUAAUAGAAUCUGUCGUAUUUAUUACAGAAACAAAUCGACGAAUGUAAUACGAAUAAUUAUGAUUUGACAAGUGUGAAAGAGGAUUAAACCAGAAGAAUGUACAGAGAGUGCAAAUGUCGAAUCUCAUCGGAAAAUUAAGGUUAUCAUGGAAUUUGGUGAACAGAAAAAAGUAUUAUUAAACUAGAUGAUGUUAUGCUUCUCAGCAUAAUAUAAAAUAUUUUCUUAUGGAUAUUGAAUCAUGUUUGAAGAUAAGAAUGAAAAACUGUUUUCUUUGCAAAAAAAUAUUAUAAAGAAUAUAAUUUAAAGACACGAAUUAAAUUGGGAAAGAGCGAAAAUUGUUUAAACUCAGCAAGAUGAAACCGCUGUUCAAAGUUUUGUAUUCCCUUUGUUGGAGCAAUGUAUACUUGAUAAUGGGAAUAUGCAUGGGCCUAAGUUUCAGUCUACUGUUGAUACCUAUCGAUGUUGACAGGCAGCAUGACACAGCAGAAUCCUUCGAUCAUUUUGCAAAUACUUUGGACGACAUAGAUCCCUAUGAACCAAGAAUCAAUACUGACAGUAAACCACAGUUGGUGCAGAAAACAAAGAAAGUGUUUGUACGUCCAAGGUACUAUUCGACAGAGCUUGGAAUUAGAGAGAAAUUAUUCGUGGGAAUUAUAACAAGUCGAGAGUUUCUUCACAGUAGAGACGUAGCCCUGAACAAAACCAUUGCUCAUAUCGUGGACAAAAUUCGCUAUUUUAUCUCCAUACCAGAAGGGACCAAGCCAAAUGUUUCCUUUCCUGGAAUAGUAGGAUUCACAGAUACGAGAAGCAUCUUGAAACCCUUUCACUCUUUGAAAUACAUCAUCGAUAACUAUUUGGAGAGCUAUGAUUAUUAUUUCUUAAUCAGAGAUGUGAGUUACGUAAACGCAAGAGGUCUCAUGAAAUUUGUAAAUAAAAUCAGUGUGAGCCAAAAUCUUCACAUAGGUGCUCAAAGUUCAGAAAUUGAUACCUAUUGUUCUUUAGAAUCCGGUAUUCUCUUAAGUAAUUCUAUAAUACAAGAGAUCAAAAAUAAUCUAGACUGGUGCGUCAAGAACGCGUAUUCGGAUUCAGAUGACAUUAACAUUGGUCGUUGCAUUCUCCACUCCACUUCUAUACCUUGUAGCAACCGAGCACAAGGGCAAAACUUUACAUUUACACGAUUGCAGCCGACAUUUAAUUUUGAGAAAGAUUUCGCCCAGUUGAUCGAUCAAACGGACUUCCAAAAUUCGCUAUCCAUAUAUCCCAUCUAUGAUCACAUGCUUAUUUAUAAGCUUAAUAUGUACUUUGCUGCGAUCAAUUCCAUCAGAGUUCACAAAUCCAUCACCGAUAUACGCAAAGUGAUAUUUGCGACUGCACAUUUAGGACCGCCGAGUCAACGUAAUGUGUCCUGGCCCAUUGGAAAUCAACCUGGAAAUAGACCCCUUGGGCGUUUCGAUGUCUUGCGUUGGUCGUAUUUCAAUGAAUCUCACAUUUUCUUCGAGACCGACUUCAUUAACAUUCAGGAACUGAGGGGCGACGCAAAAUCCGAUGUAGAUUACGUGAUAAAUGCAGUUACAAACAAUAUUGUAAACAAGUAUGACGGUAAACUGAGCUUCAAAAAGCUGCUGAAUGGUUAUCAGAAAUUCGAUGCGUCCAGAGGAAUGGAUUAUAUACUCGACAUAGCAUUUAAUGAAGCAGCUACGGGCAGGGAAGUAAGGAAGAGACUCGAAGUCUGCAAACCCUUGGGAAAAGUAGAAAUCAUACCAGUGCCUUAUGUGACCGAAAACACAAGAAUUAAUAUAAUCAUCACCAUCAAUCUAAGCAAAAAGCAAGAUGCGUUAAAUUUUAUGGAACAUUACGCACAAGAUUGUAUGGAAAAAAACAAGACCUUUCUCAUGAUGGUUCUCUUGUAUAAUUUUGACUCACCAUCAAAAGGCAAAAACGAUGUCUUUUACGAAGUAAAAAAAAAUAUAUUAAUGCUGAAUGAAAAAUAUAAAAAGGAUCAGUCGAGAAUCACUUGGCUCUCCAUACGACUACCAAUCAACGUAACUUCCAUAGAUUUAAAUCCAAUGUUGAGGAUUGCCGUAACUGAUUUGUGCGCAAAGAAGUUCUCUUUGGAGAGUCUGGUUCUUCUCAUGGAAACAGGAACGAAAUUAAAAGUAGAUUAUUUAAAUAGAGUUCGUAUGAAUACCAUCAGUCACUAUCAGAUAUUCAGCCCGAUCCCGUUCAUCGAAUUCCAUCCUGAUAUAAUUUACACGGAUGAAACGGCUCAUGAUGAGGUGGACGUCAACAGCAAUUACGGAAAAUACGAUGAACACAAUUACAACAAUAUUGCAUUUUACAUCAAAGAUUACAACGCAAUGCGACAAACAGUCGAGACGAGCAUUCCGUUAGCGCGAUCCGACAAGGACCUAGCUACUCUGCUGAAACUUUCCAAAGACAGUCCCGUAACUUCUCUAUUUGAAAUGUAUGUGUCGUUCAGUGAUAUGCAUAUAUUUCGCGCGAUAGAACCGACAUUGAAGAUAAAAUACAAAGAUGUUAAUUGCGACGACACUAUUAAUGACAGUAUUCACAAGAAUUGCCUUAAACUAAGAAACAAUCACUUGGGUAGACGUAGUCAACUGGCUAGAUUGAUGUUAGAUUAUCAGAAUCAUCAAGCGUAAGAAAGCAUAAAAAUUGAGAUAUAUAUGUAUUCUUUACAAAGAGAAUAACUUAUUUAUUAUAAUUUAUAUUUAUAUUUUCCGUAUAAGAGAAAGAAAGUAGAGAUUUCGUGUAAAGAAAGUAGAUUAUUCGCGUAAAUGCCUAUAAAUCUAAUAUAUUCGGUACAAUAAUUAGAUAUAUCUUUCACAAAGAUUUAUACAUGAAAAUAAAAUGAAUAUUACAUAAAUAUUAUAUUAAUUUAUAUAUAUUUUUUUAUUCGAAAUAAAUAUUCGUAAUUACUACAAUGUUAGUUUAAUGUAUCUUGUAAACAUUAGAUCUUAAAGUUUUA